AUGGUUUCAACAAUCCUUCUUAGCAGCUUAUUAGCAGCUGCAUCUCUAUCCUCAGCACUACCACUUGAAGAACGAGGCACCGGGGUUAUCAAGUGUCCAUUGGUGCUAAACGGGCUCGUCAAGUCGUCUCUGGCACCCACAGACUUCGACUCGUACGCCACCAGCCCUUUCAAUCCAGACUACAUCCGGGGCAGCGAGAAAUUCAGCAAGAGCCUCCAAUUCCCGAACGUGACGAGCUCACGCUUCGACAACGCGACGACCAAAGCCAUCGAAGUGACCAUUAACGACAAGUCGAUUUUCCAAAGCCAGAAUGGCUUCCGGCGCGCGGGGCUGCAGAUCCAAGGCGACACCAACGAGGGUGGACCAGGCACCAAGGGUGUCCGCACGCUUCAUUUCAGCGUCAAGCAAGACCCUCAGCGAAAGCUGAAUCUAACACAUGAGUAUUUAAACGUGUGGCACGAGACUUCCGACUACAGCGCCAACCAAUUCAACUUCCAGACGGGGACGCUGAUAGGCAAGUCCGGAAACAAGAACACCUUCAAGGUGCUCAACCGGCAGAACUCGCUAGUCUGGUCGACGCCGAUCGACGAGACGGCGUGGCAAAACUUCGCCAUCAAACUAGAUUUUACCAAGAAUACCUUGCAAGUGUACUACUCCAAGGACGACGAGCCUCUGAAAUCAGUCACCUCGGAGCUAUCCAACAAUAACUCCGGCGGCGGCCAGUACCAGAUCGGCAUUCUGAAGAAGCCCACGGGUACCUCCGACGUUGUGAACUCUGGCUACCAGGAGAGGAAUCUGAAUGAGGGUCAGAUCUACGGGGGCUUGUUCCUUGAGGAUAGCGCGAAUGGGUGCGUCUCGCUUUAAUGGCUCGUGAUA